AUGGUUGAAAUUAUUGCAUUACCGGAGACUUCGAUGUUCGAUGAGGAUUUAGAUGAAUUUAGGAUUCAAAAUCUUCAACCGAAUACGGAUUAUUUUAUCACUUUAAAACUUCAUCACAAGAAUCUUUUCCGCUCGCAUGCUCGUUUUCAUUCGGACAAAAAUGGGGAGAUUGAUGUGGGAAAAGCGGUGGCUGUUCACGGGCACUAUACAGGUCGCGACAAAAUGGGUUUAUUUUCUUCACUUUACCAUGAGGGUACAGCAAGAUUCGCUACAAAGCUCUCACUAAUGCCAAUGCCUGAGAAGUUAGAGUACAAGAUUCUUGUGCAAGAGAGGCACUUUUAUGUGCCUGGAAAGGUAAUUGCUGAAAAGAGCAUUUGGCGAGUGCUAAGGAACUCGAGCUUAGAGCGAAUCGUUGUCGAAGAAGGGAUUGAGGGAAUCGUUUAUAAACCGCCAGGCCCUGGCCCAUUUCCUUCAAUACUGGACAUUUAUGGAAUGCUGGGCACUCACGAACAUCGAGCCGCUUUGCUAGCAAAUAAGGGAUUUGCCGUUUUGGCAUUAACAGUGAUCGGUGGUAAGACGACGCCGAAAGCCUGGCAACAAACGGAUGCAAGCUACUUUUUGAAAGCAGUUAAUUGGCUAGCUUCUCAACGAUAUGCAAGCAAAACGAUUGGUUUGAUUGGGAUUUCAGCUGGCGGUACUGCCGCUCUUUACAUUGCCUCAAAACAUUCAAAGAUCUCAGCAACAGUUGCAAUAAAUAGCGGCAAUUAUCCAACAAUUCACGCAGUUUUCAAAGAGAAUGGAAAAUUGAUGCCAUUUUUCGAAGCCCCAUUCAAAGAUAUUAUUCGAAUGGAUUUCAAUCGAGGUGCUAUGAACUACGCAAAGAUCGAUAAUGGCGGUGAGAUUGAUGAGGAAUAUCAAUUCAAAAUCGAAGAGUCUAGAGGGAAAUUCAUGUUCGUGGCUGGCGAUGUUGACGGUGGAGCAAACGCAACGAUGAAUGCAAAAAGGUUAAAGGAAAGAAUGGAGAGAUUCGGACGAGGCAUUGAUGGAGAGUUGGUGAUUCUUCCGCACAGCGGCCACAAUAUCGAACCACCAUUUGUACCAGUACAAGAUAUUGUUUACGCAAAGAAUUUAGAUAUUGUUCUCGAUUUCGGCGGCCACGCCUAUUUACAGAAUGUGGAUCAGCGAAAGCUUUGGCCAAAAAUCGUCGACUUUUUCAAGGAAAACAUUGAACUUCAUGAAUUGUCCAAGUUG